UAAAAAAAAAAAAGAAGAAUACAAUAACCUACGUUCGUAUAAUUUCCUUUUACCUUUUAUAUUGUUUUAUUAUUUUGCUUUGAUCAGAAAUGACACAGUAAAUAGUUUUGUUAUUACUAACUUAACUAAUAAAUAAAAAUGGCAGAAGAAACCUUUUACAAAAUCGUACAGCACAUUUUCAGUAAUUGGACUGGAUUGAAGCUUGCCGUAGAACAUUCAAUGGGCGGACCAAAUAGCAAACAGCUUGCUAUUGAAUGCAUAGGUGAAGUAACACAAUAUUGCAUAGACGAAUCCAAUCUAGACCAAGAAAGUUUAGAGGAUUUUCUUGAAGAUACAAUGGAUGAGAAAUUUGACACAAUAUUUGAGGAUGGAUCUCCAAAAGAAAUUGCAACAGUUUUGUUACAAUUUGUUCAACUUUUAAAAAGCGGUAAUGUUGAACAGUGUGAAGAGGAAUUUCGCAAGCUUCCAGUUGCAAAUACGAAUUGGUUACAAGAGAGUAGGACUUCAAAUCAUCAACAAGUUAAUAUAGAUAGUAAUUCAUCUAGUGAAGAUGAAGAUGCACAUCAAAGCUCUGAAGUACCAAUGGAAGAUGAUGGAUGGACUGUAGUUCAAACCAGGAAAAAAAGAUAAAUCUAUUUCUUGUCCUGUGGCCGAUUUCAGGAAA